UUCACAGACGUGUUCAGUUCAGAUUUCGAACACAUCGCAACACAACCGUUUUUAACGCUGCUCGUCUUAUUAUCUCCCGCAACAUUACGUCAUUCGCAUGCGCCUCUGCCUGCAGACAACGAAGGACAGAGCAUGGGAUAUCCUAGUAGAAUACUUCUUCUUACUCAGUUGCUAACCUUACAUCAUAUUUGGGGCAUUAUAGGGAACACCCUGCCGACCUGUGAACAGUCCCAGUUCAAGUGCAGAAACGGGAAGUGCAUUCCCGGCCUCUGGGUGUGUGACAGAGACGGAGACUGUGAGGAUGGCAGUGAUGAACUCCGCUGCAGGGAGCAGACCUGCCCAGGGUUUCUGUGUAAAGAUGGAGGCUGCGUUGCCCAGAGUGUUCUCUGUGACAACACUCCGGACUGCCGUGACGGCUCUGACGAGUUAGAAGACACCUGUGGUUUGCGCCACUGUAAGAAGGAUGAGUUUGCCUGCAGCAGUAGCCGAUGUGUAUCCCUCCGCUUCCGUUGUGAUGGCACUGACGACUGUGGCGACGGCAGUGACGAGGCCUCCUGUCAGAACUGUACAGCCGACUUCUUCCUCUGUGAGAGGACAGGGAGCUGCGUUGCCAGGGCCAAGCUGUGCGACGGUCGGCCCGAUUGCCCUGACGGGCAGGACGAGGGCGCUGGCGCUUGUCCCUCCGGCCAGCACCCUGCCCCUCACACCUGCUCAAUCUCUGAGUUCAGUUGUGGGGACGGCCAGUGUAUGCCUCACUCCUGGAGAUGUGACCACUCGCCUGACUGUGCUGACGCGAGGGAUGAGGAUGACUGUGAUCAGGAUGAGUGUCUGGUGAACAAUGGUGGCUGUUCUCACCUGUGUGUGGACCAGCCGAUGGGCUUCCUCUGUGACUGCCCUGCUGGUAUGAGGCUGGUGCAUGACUCCCAGUGUGAGGAAAUUGACAUGUGUCUCGACUCUGACGUCUGCAAUCAGCUAUGUGUACAUGUCAACGGGACUUUCUCCUGCGACUGCCAUGAGGGCUACCUGAUGAGCCCAAGGACAGGGGAGUGUAAGGCUAAAGGAGACGUGGCUCAGCUGGUGUUGAGCAGUUCUGAGGGGGUGCGCCGGGUCAACACUGCCGGUAUGGAGUACAGGGAGAUGGCUGCUCACUUACUGGGACCAGGGCCAAUGGCUGCCCUGACUGCAAACCGCACUGUCUACUGGGCAAGGCCAGGACAAGGCUCCAUCUACAGGAUCUCCAUGGAUGGGAAGCCCCUGGAUCCUGUCCUGCUGUUGAAAGGCCAUGGUGCUGUCCUGGGUCUGGCUGUGGACUGGAUCCAUGAGCUUCUCUACUGGACCAACGCUGAUACUCACUCCAUCGAUGUGGCCCGUCUGGACGUCUCUGCACAACGCCUCCUGAUAGGAGGGCUGGCCAUGCCCACUGGAGUGGCUGUGGAACCCUUGUUGGGGUUCUUGUUCUGGGCAGAAGGUGGCAGCUCCCCCAGGAUCGAGCGUGCUGGCCUGGAUGGAGAAGGCAGGCUGCCACUAAUCACCUCAGCCAUAUGGAACCCAGUCGCCAUUUCUCUGGACAUGCCUCGACGACUCCUGUACUGGGUUGACUCAGGGAUGCGCACCAUCUCGAGGGUCGGGUUCGACGGGCAGCAUCGCAAGACCGUGGUGGAGUCCAAUGGAUACCUGGACAGGCCCUUCGGAUUGGCAGUGUUUGAGGGACAUGUAUACUGGAGUGAACAGGACACCCACUCCAUAUGUAGUGCUGACAAGCACAAUGGCAGCCUCUUUAGAGUCAUCCUGCCCAAUAUCGCUUCCCCAGGCGGCUUGGUUCUCAUUCACCCGGUUCUUCAACCAAAAGGCCCUGCUGUGUGUGGAAAUAACGGCGGAGUUUGUCUAUAUGAGUGUGUGCCAGACCUUUUCUCUGGAACAAGCUCCUCUCCCAGCUUCACCUGCAUUCCUCCAAAAGGGAGUAGCGGUGAUGAUGAUGAUGAUACAGUCGUUUCUCACACUCUUCCAGGCCCAGCGCUGUCUGAUACAACCUCUGCCGGAAUCCUUUCGCUCAUAGUUGUCCUGAGUGUGCUAUUGGCGGGGGUGGUGUUGUGGUGGUGGAGGGAGGAGUGCAGGCCCUCCAGGACACUCGACCUCCAAGACUUCUCCCUGAAGGAGUCCCAGGACCCCCUCAUCCAGGCACCAGCCAGAGGCAUGGAGGUUUGUCCUGUCAAGGACACUUUGCUUAAGCUGGACUUGGACCAUUACUGAGUGUCUUAAGUCACGUUUAAGAGUCACCGGUGUCCAGCUGUGCUCCCACCCCUCCCAGUGCCAGCAGUCCCUGGAGUCUCAUCAGGUUAUCUGGCCAAAGGGAGUGAGAAGAAGAGAGGAGACGUCUUACAGCACUUCCCCUUGAUGACCAUUGGUCCUCCCAGGGCCUCAUUCAACCUCAAUGUUGCUUUCAUUUGAGUUGUGGCUCAUUUAAAGCCUGGAUCAAGUCCACCUCGGUUUCAGUGAAGGCUAAAAAUGUACUUAAACAAUUGACUUGAAAAUUACUUGAGCAACUUGAACAAGAUUUUCUGUGAGGAUUUGCGUUUUCUAACUUGACUGGAGUUUAAUUGGAAUUGACCCCAGCCUUGGGGGUCCUGGAGCAUAUCAGUGAUUAGCUACAGAUGUCCAGCCUAUGAGAUACUGUACCUCUCACUUGAAUUGUGACAAGAUCUGAAUGUUUUUUUGCAAUCGGUUGGCUAGUCUAUACGUUCAAACUAAUCCCCAUAUUUCGUCAGGGCAUGGACUCUACAAGGUGUCAAAAGCAUUUCACGGUGAUGCUGGCCCAUGUUGACACCAAUGCUUCCCACAGUUGUUGCAAGUUUGCUGGAUAUCAUUUGGGUGAUGGACAAUUCUUGAUACACACUGGAAACUGUUGUGUGAAAAACCCAGCAGCGUUGCAGUUCUUGACACUCAAAAUCGGCGCGCCUUGCACCUACUACCAUACUCCGUUCAAAGGGACCUAAGUAUUUUGUCUUGCCCUUUCAUCCUCUGAAUGGCACACAUACACAAUCUAUGUCUCAAGACUUGAAAAUGAUUCUUUAACCUGUCUCCUCUCAUUCAUCUACACGGAUUGAAGUAGAUUUAACAAGUGACAUCAAUAAGGGAUCAGUCUAUGGCAUGGAAAGAGCAGGUGCUCCCAAUGUUUUGCACACUCAGUGUAUAUGUUUAUAUGCAGUGCAUUCAGAAAGUAUUCAGACCCCUUGACUUUCUCCACAUUUUGUUACGUUACAGCCUUAUUCUAAAAUGGAUUAAAUUGUUGUUUUUUUUACAUCAAUCUACACACAAUACCACAUAAUGACAAAGCAAAAACAGGUUUUUAGAUAUUUUUGCAAAUGUAUAUAUAAAAAAUCUGAAAUAUCACAUUUAUAUAAGUAUUCAGACUGUUUACUCAGUAAUAUCUCAAGGAUGUUCAAUGGAAACAGGAUGCACUUGAGCUCGAGUCUCAUAGCAAAGGGUCUGAAUACUUAUGAAAAUAAGGUACUUCAGUUUUUUUAUUUUGUAAUACAUUUGCAAAAACUUUUUAAAACCUGGGGUAUUGUGUGUAGAUUGAUGUGGAUUUUUUUUUUCUUUAAUCUAUUUUAGAAUAAGGCUGUAACUUAACAAAAUGUGGGAAAAGUCAAGGGGUCUGAAUACUUUCUGAAUGCACUGUACAUUGAUUCACACACACGAUUAAUCACUCUCCAUUUGUAACAGUAUUAUGCAAAACUAUGAACCAGGCUAACAGUUUGUGGAGUGUAGAAUGUCUUGUCAUUGAUUCAUCACAUAAUAUCAGUAUAUUUCAAGAGACAUGGGUUUUACGUUGUGCUCCUAGUUGCAUGCACUCUCUACUCUUAUCUGGUGUUCUGGAAUCAACUGUAGUUGAGAUGUGUUUUACUGUAACGUGGCCUAAGGGUCUAAGGUGGCUCUGACGUUGAAGUACAGCACUCACUCAAUGCUGUAAUCGAGUCAUUCACACUGAUCUGCCUGGUUUAGAUCAGUUGCUAUGUCUUGGCAAUGUUAUGCCUUUUUGUUUGAUUAUUGUAAAUGAUUUGCUGUCCUUUUUAAAUAGUUUAUUAUUAGGCUUUUUGUUAUUUGAGGUGUCAGGCAAAACAUGUCAUUGCCACAAUAAAAAGCACAGUAUGUCUGAAAUCUAUUUUGCUGAUUUUAAAUUCUAUAAAUAUAGUUUUAAAUCCGUGGAACCUUAAAACUACGGAAGAGUAUUAGGUCCAAGUGAAGAGAAAAAAAUAAUAAAACGGUGAUGGUGGUAAUUAGAAUUGUUUUAAUAUACGCAUAGUACCUUCUCUUGAAACACUUCGAGAGUAAAGUCUGAAUGGAUUGUUGAGAAUAAAGAGUAAAUUACA